GCCCGAGUCGGUAGCUGGGCGACGAGGAGCUGGGCGCGGAUUCACUGAGACACCGAGACCCUCAGAGGAGGCACCAUGUCAGAGCCAUCCAGGGAUGCCCAUCAGAUCCCACGCAGCAGCAGGGCAUGCCGCCGCCUCUUUGGCCCGGUGGACAGUGAGCAGCUGCGCCGGGACUGCGAUGCCCUGAUGGCCAGCUGCGUGCAGGAGGCCCGAGAGCGAUGGAACUUCGACUUUGUCACCGAGACACCACUGGAGGGUGACUUCGCCUGGGAGCGCGUGAGGGGCUUUGGCCUGCCCAAGAUCUACCUGCCUGCAGGGCCCCGGGGGACCCGGGACGACCUGGGAGGGGGCAAGUGGCCGAGCACCUCAUCUGCCCUGCUGCAGGGGACAUCUCAGGAGGACCACGUGGACCUGUCACUGUCCUGCACCCUCGUGCCUCGCUCCCCUGAGCGGCUUGAGGGGUCCCCGGGAGGGCCGGGCACCUCCCAGGGACGAAAACGGCGACAGACCAGCAUGACAGAUUUCUAUCACUCUAAACGCCGGCUGAUCAGCUCCAAGAGGAAGCCCUAA